AUGGCAUCAGCAGCGUCCAAGCGCCUGGAAGGCAAAACCGUCCUCAUCACUGGUGCAUCAUCCGGCAUCGGCCGCUCCACAGCCUUCGAGUUUGCUAGGACCAGCCCAAAGAAUCUCAAGCUCAUCCUGACGGCGCGUCGCAUUGACACCCUCAAGCAAAUUGCGGCCGACAUUGUCAGCGAAGUCGGUGACGGUGUCAAGGUCUUGCCAGUGGCCCUCGACGUGAGCGACGCCGCGGAUGUGCGCUCGUUUUUGGACAAGCUGCCAGGGGAGUUCAAAGAGAUUGACGCCUUGGUGAAUAAUGCCGGUCUGGUCAAGGGCGUCGCCAAAGCGCCUGAGAUCAAUGAGGAUGAUAUCAAUGUCAUGUUCGCUACCAACGUGACCGGCCUCAUCAACAUGACACAGGCUAUCUUGCCUGGCAUGCUGAGUCGCAACAACGGCGAGGGCUCCGGUGACAUCAUCAACAUUGGAUCGAUUGCGGGCCGCGAGCCGUACGUCGGCGGCGGCAUCUACUGCGCUACCAAGGCGGCCGUUCGAUCGUUCACCGACAGUCUGCGCAAGGAAUUGAUUUCGAAGAGAGUGCGUGUCAUUGGCAUAGACCCAGGCCAAGUCGAGACGGAAUUCUCGGUCGUGAGAUUUGGCGGCGACAAAGCCAAGGCCGACGCCGUUUAUGCGGGCUGUGAGCCAUUGACGCCAGACGAUAUUGCCGAGGCCAUCGUUUUCGCUGCCUCGAGACGGGAAAAUGUGGUUAUUGCGGACACUCUGAUCUUCCCUAACCAUCAGGCUGCGGCCACCAUCAUGCACAGGAAAUCCACGUAG